ACAGCAACAAAAAGAGAAGGUCAAGGCGAAUAGGAAGCGGGUGAAUUAACAUUGUAGAGCCUUUCAUUGUUAGUGGAUGGGUUGCAAAGCACGGUCCACUUUGUCCGUAAGCGGGAUCAAUCAAUCGUAGUCGGACCCAUGGCGUUAAAGUGAAGCUUCAAUUCCACGUGCCGAACUCUCGGUUUUUCUUUCCUCGAUCAUGCCUCACUCAUCUCGAGCCAAGUUGGCAAAGAAGACAUCGGGCAAACGAGCACGACCAUCCUCAUCGUCGCAGAAAACAUAUAAUGUCCAAGAUUUCGUGUCGAUUCCUAUGCGCUUGCUAAUGGAUCCAGCCUACUUUUGGUACAUGGGCACCGCCCUUCUCGUAGGUGAAUUCUUUCUUAACUUAUUCAUCAUUCAGCGAGUUUCAUAUACCGAGAUUGAUUGGGUUGCGUAUAUGCAAGAAGUGGGCGGUUUUCUCGCUGGAGAGCGUGAUUACACGAAAUUGAAAGGCGACACUGGCCCAUUGGUGUACCCGGCUGGAUUUGUGUGGGUAUACAGUGCGCUGUAUCAUGUAACGGACAAAGGCACCAACAUUCGACGCGCACAAUACAUCUUUGCCGGACUUUAUCUCGCCACGCAAUAUGUCGUUUUCUCCAUCUAUCGGGCGUCCAAGCGCGUACCUCCAUUUCUUAUCGUGAUGCUGUGUUUGUCCAAGCGUCUUCACUCUAUCUAUGUCUUGCGAUGCUUCAAUGACCCUGUGGCCAUGUUCCUGCUUUACUGUGCCAUUCUAGCCAUGAUCCACAAGCAAUACCGUGUUGCCAGCAUACUUUUCAGCCUUGGCGUGUCGGUGAAAAUGAAUGUCCUCCUGUUCUUCCCUGCCUUUGGCCUUUUGCUUUGGAAAGCCGAAGGAGCUUGGUUGACCAUUUUAAAUUUGAUCGUCAUGGGAGGAAUUCAAAGAUUGAUUGCUUGGCCGUUCUUACAAGAAAAUUCCGCCGCGUAUAUUUCCAAAGCCUUUGAAUUCAGUCGUGUGUUUGAUUACAAAUGGACUGUAAACUGGAGAAUGAUUGAGGAAGAAACGUUUGCCUCCAAAGAUUUUGCAAAUCUUCUUCUGGCUGGACACGCUGCGGUGGUGAUGGCUUUCCUGUUCAGCAAAUGGUGUCGUCGAUCAGAAGGUGGGGUCUUUGGCGUCUUUCAACGCGGAUGGUCGGGAACCACGCCCGUCUCCGCCGACGAUAUCAUCUAUGCCAUGUUCACCUGCAACCUUAUUGGCAUGGUCUUCUCUCGCAGCUUGCAUUACCAAUUCUAUUCAUGGUACUUCCAUACCCUGCCUUACCUGGUCUGGCAGUCGAAAUGGGAGGGAGCCAUUGCAUACACUACAGCAGCAAAAGGUGUCGUUUUGGCUACCAUGGAGGUGUGCUGGCUGACAUACCCAUCUACAACAAAUAGCUCAUUGGCCCUAUUGGCAUGCCAUGUUUUACUGUUAUCAGGUAUAUGGCGGUCAGAGCUGCCCAAGUAUGAAAUGCCAAACUGGUUAAAGCAGCAUGCAGAGUAACUUUUUGUUUUAAAAAAAAAUGGUAUUCCUGUAUUUACACAACGAUUUUUCUACAUUUGGGGAGGGGGAAGUUCUUUUUUUUUUUU